AAUGAUACUGCUACAGCAGAUUACAACCCGCGGAAAUCUGUUGAAGGUUUUCAUUCACUCGUGAAUAUAAAAGUGCUUGGAUUUUGAACAUCCUCGCCGCAUUAUUUUUUCCAGUUGAAAAUUUACAUUCACACAUUUCUUCAUUUCAUUGUACAUCAACAGACCAAAUUGCAAACAUGAACACGAUGAAAAAGCCUUCUAUUGCUGUCAUUGGUGGAGGUUUCGGUGGUAUCUAUGCAGCCAUCAAGAUUAAACAAGUACUUGGCAUUUCUGCACAAAUUUUCGAAGCUUCUGAAGAUAUUGGUGGCGCAUGGUUUGCCAACUCAUAUCCAAACUGCGGCUGUGACAUACCUUCUCAUCUCUAUUCGCUGAGCUCAGACCCUAACCCUAACUGGUCCCAGUUAUAUGCUUCGCGGGAUGAAAUACAUGACUACAUUCAAGAUGUGGCAAGGAAGCACGACUUGUAUCGUCACACCCUAUUGCAAACCAAGGUGAUCAAGAGCGAAUGGGUUGCAGAAUCCCGCAAAUGGAAACUGGAUCUGCUUGAUUGUAGUAACGAAGGUUACAGAGACCUUGAAAGUGUAUUUUAUGACUUUGUAUUUCUUUGCGUUGGUUCUAUCCGCGUUCCUUUGAUUCCAGAACAGUUCAAACAGUUCUCUGGAAACGUUGUACAUACCGCCUAUUGGGAUCCUUCUAUUGAUUUUACAAACAAGCGUGUUGCAGUAAUUGGAAACGGCGCAAGCGCGGUUCAAGUCAUUCCUUCUGUGGCCCAACAAGCAUCACAAUUAUACAGCUACCAACGCUCAGUGUCCUGGUGCACGCUGCGCAAGCAGUAUAGUUACUCGGCCUUUAUGAAGUUUAUCUUCAAAUGGAUUCCAUUGGUUGCUCUUAUUUAUCGCUUAUAUUUAUUUCUGGAGAUCGAGCUCGGUUUUAUGAGCACAUACAAAAACUAUAACAGCCUUGGUGCGAGACGCUACCGAAAGAAACUUGAGAUCGAAAUGCGUAACCGAAUUGAAAAACAAGGCAGGCCUGACCUGGUGGACGUCUUGAUUCCUGAUUUUGCGCCUGGAUGCAAACGUCUCGCUAUUUCCGACAAUUUCAUUGAGGCCUUGUGUCAAGAUAACGUUGUAGUCCAAACCAAUCGCGUAAAAAAGGUCAAGGGUCGCACAAUUAUUACAGAAGAUGCUGACGAACAAGAGUUCGAUCUCUUGGUUCUUGCUACUGGCUUUAAUGUUGCAGGGUUCUUAGGUCACUUGGAAGUUUACGGCAAGCCCGAGCAAUCAUUAAAUAAAGCAUGGGAAAACGAGUUUCCCGGCUUGUACAAGUCCACAUUGAUGAGCGGCUAUCCCAACAUGUUCAUGAUCCUUGGUCCUUCUAGUUACCCUGGUACUAACUCAGCACUAUAUAUGGGUGAAAGUCAAGUGAAUUAUUCUGUCGAAUUGAUCAAAAAGAUGCUCAAGGAUAAGAUUACUGCGGUGGAGCCUUUGAAGGAAGCACAAGAUAAGUGUGUGGAAAAACUCAAGACCGGCUUCGAGAAGACUGUAUGGAAAGGUGGCUGUACCUCUUGGUAUAUGAACAAGCAAGGCGAUAUCACCACGUUUUGGAAUGGCACCUCACUUGAAUUCAGCUGGAUGUUGCGUCCUGCUACUAGCUAUGAUGAUUUUCUUGUAUACAGAAAAUGACUGUAGUAAAACAAUAAAAAAAACCACAAUAUUGUAUUGUAUGCAUAUGCGAGUG